CUCUCUCUCUCUGCAUUAUUCUCCUUUUUUUCUAUUUCUUCUUAUUAUUAUAUUAUAAAAAAAAUGGGGAUUUUCUUCUCUCCUGGCCUGGUAAAAUUCAAAGGCCAGCAGCAGCAGGUCUUCUCUUCUCUUCCCUUCUACAUCUCUUUCAAUCUCCCACCCAUGGAAGAUGAAGAAGAAGAAGAAUCUAAGUCUGCACAGCUCAAAUCCAAGGCUAUUAAAGAUCUUUUUAGGUUUGUCUCAUCAAUUCGGUGGGUAUGGAGGAAGUUGAAGAGGCCAAUAGAGGAGCUGUGAAAUGCUGCCACAGGGUUUUGAAUUUGUUAUCUCAGCCUCAAGAUCAGUUACACUAUAGAAAUCUCAUGGCAGAAACAGGAGAAGCUGUAUUGAAAUUCAGAAAAGUGGUCUCACUUCUCAAUGCUAGUUUGGGUCAUGGGAGAGUCAGGAUGCUGAACAAAAUCCAAUCCUCUCCACCUCCAAAAAUCCUCUUAGAUAAUCCCAUAGCCAUAGCAGAUUCAAAUGCCAAAAGGAAGUUUUUAGAGAACCCAACUCUAUUGGAUUCAUCCACUAAAAAUCCCAUCCAAAUAUCGAAGACGAUAUCUCUAGAAAACCCAACAAUGGAAAUGGAAUCUGCUGCUGAUAGGAAUCAUCUCCAACCGCCCCCCCAUUUGCAGUUCCUCCAAAAGCAGCACCAGGAGCAACAACAGAGGUUUCAGCAUCAGCAGCAGAUGAAAUUGCAAGCUGAUAUGAUGUUUAGGAGCAACAGUGGUAUAAAUCUCAAGUUCACUAGCUCUAGUUGCAUGCCAACCAUGUCGUCCACCCGGUCCUUCAUGUCGUCGCUGAGUAUGGAUGGUAGUGUUGCUAGCUUGGAUGGGAAGGCCUUCCAUUUGAUCGGCAGCUCGCAGACACUGUCCGAUCAGAACCUGCACCAGCCUUCUAAGCGGAGGUGUUCUGGUCGAGGGGAAGAUGGGAGUGGGAAGUGCGGGACAAGCGGGAGAUGUCACUGCUCGAAACGGAGGAAGCCAAAGGUGAAGCGAUCAAUCAAGGUCCCUGCUAUUAGUAACAAGCUUGCAGAUAUCCCUCCUGAUGAGUAUUCAUGGAGGAAGUAUGGCCAGAAGCCGAUCAAAGGUUCUCCACACCCUAGGGGAUACUACAAAUGUAGCAGCAUGAGAGGCUGCCCAGCGAGGAAGCACGUUGAACGGUGCUUGGAAGAGCCAUCAAUGCUCCUUGUCACUUAUGAAGGUGAACACAACCACUCCAGGUCAGUGUCCUCCCAGUCUGCCCUCACAUAAAGCUAUUUCAACCGGGAUCAGUUUGACGGUCCACAUGCCAAGUUUUCGAUCAGUUGAAUUGCUCCUGUAAAUACUCUGGUUGGUUCGAGCUUGUUUGGUUCGAGCUUGAUAUACAGAGAACAAAGUGAGUUUCCUGACAUGGGGAGGUGACCUUUCUGGUCUUGUGGAGGGAAGAUGUGAGAUAUGCACUGGAAAAAGAAAAUGUUUGGAAGUGUAAGAACUCUUUCAUAGCAACAUCUGUUCUGUUUCUUGACUGUUGGAGUUUUCUAAUACAAUAUAUUUAGUUCCCAUGCUCA